ACUUGCGGCAAAGAGUUGUCAUCAUAUUUUUUAUUUCUAAUUUUAUUCAAUAAAUUUACUGAAAAAUGAGUUUGGAAAUCGAGUCAAUGGUACGGUAUGCAUCGCCUAUUAACCCGGCGGUGUUUCCUCAUCUAACUUUGCUGCUACUCGGCAUCGGCAUAUUCUUCACAGCGUGGUUCUUCGUCUACGAAGUAACGAGCACCAAGUUGUCCCGAGAUCUAUUCAAAGAACUCCUCUUAUCGUUGGUGGCUGCGUUAUUCUCGGGAUUCGGUAUUUUAUUCUUAUUAUUAUGGGUAGGCAUUUAUGUUUGACGAAUAUAGUUAAUUUUAUAAGCUGUCUUGGCAUUCCUGGUGGUGUGGUUGCUUCUGAGUGACCAAAUGAGUUUUGUAUAUUUAAGAAAUAAAUUCUUUAUUUAAUAUUUA